UCCGCAUUCCGCAAAGAGCUGUCAGCAGAGGCUCAAGUUGGAGAAGGGGACCGUCGUGUCUGUGAAGAAGCCUCCUCAGUCAUUCCCGGGGGAAUAACGGUCCAACGCCAGGGAGACGGGAUGCCGUACAUGCUCAUCAGUACGCAGAUCCGACUGGAGACUGGUCCAACAAACGUGGGAGAUGAAUAUUCUGACCCAGCUGUCAUGAAUUACCUGGGAGCAAGGAAAACGACCGUGCUGGGAAACAAUUUUGCAGAGUACCAUGUGGACGACCCACCACGCCUGGUGUUGGACAAGCUGGAGAAGAUCGGUUUCCGCGUGCUGACGAUGACGGGGGUGGGACAGACGCUGGUGUGGUGCCUCCACAAGGAGACGGAGUGAUCAGUCACGGGUCCUGACUCUAUCGAAAUACCUCUAUAAGCAUUUGAAAGGAUGAAUGAAUUGUGCUGAAAUGUUUUAUCAACUUGUUUUGCACUUUGGUUCUCUGCUUUGCAUUUGACACACUGACAGCUACACAUUCAGCCCCUUCUCACAUGAAAAUAAAGCUCUAAAGUUGAGAUUAUCCCAGACGACUCGGAUAACCCUGAACAGGUGAUACGUCAGGGGAAUACCGAACUACAGUCUGGAGAUUUUAUAAGACUCUUUGCCCAUAUUGUUUACUAUUUACUAAUGGUGAUCAAGCUUAAGUUUAGGGAGUGGGAGUCAUUUGGCAGUACAACUCAAUUAAAGGCACGGCUGUAAAGUCAGGCUGUGCGAAAGUGCAAGAGGCCUCAUCCAGUUUCCCCUUUCUCCUAAGUAAACAAAACACUAUGCUAGAUAGGUUUCUACUUGCAGGACUCUGCAAAGAUGUUUUUGUAAGUCUAUCAUAUGCUUAUGAUUAAAUGAUGUAAUGAUAUGGAUUGCUUGUGUACUUAUUAAUAAAAGAAAACAAUGUGCAA